CUAAAGAACGUGAGGCUAACAUUGAGUGAGUGCAAGUUGCCAGCAAGUGAUGACAUUCAGACCACUAUAGAGUCAUGGUAUUCGGGUACUGCAAGUGUAGAACUGGUAUCUAUGCCAACUUCUUCAACAUCAGAUCUGUACAAAAGGCCUAGUAAAACAGUUUUUGAACAGUUUUAUCAAUAGACUUACUCAGCGUCUGUGAAUUGAAUACAUGUACUUGCUUAUUUGUGCAGAAUAGAGUCUACAAUAUCCUUGUACCGGUACACGUGUUGCACACACCUGGAUCAUAAUUUGCAUGUAAAGGACUGAUUACAGUACGUUUUGAAAGAACAAAUAGCAACAGUCAACAGCUCUUCAUAUUUGGAUUUCACACACUUGUACGUCACAAGUAAUAUCUCUUUCCAUUGUUGGCCAAACCAUCAAGAACCUGAACUCGUCAACUUCGCAGCUCUAUCAGUUAAAGAAUAAAGUCCAUCGAUGCUUCUAAAACUCAAAUCCUAUUCAAACACCUGCUCACUUUGACUCUUUAGAAGGGCAAAUCUCUUUGAUUAAUAAAUAAUUAGAAUAAUAAGUUCCAACUUAAUUCUGGGGUACCCCACCCCAGUACAAAAGAUAAAGCUGGUAACGAGAAAGAACAAUGGAAUUUCGGAAUGCUUGAAUCAGGUGUUCAACUUCCAUAUGUCAAGUGCGGUCUAUCUUACAUACAUAUUUGCCCAAGAUAAAGUUUUUGACAGCAGUGGUAGAUCUUCAGGAAACUUCAGUCACUUCACAAGGGAAUCGCUUAGAAGUCAGACGGGACCACGGCACAAGGAACAAUGAAAAUGCAAGGAUCUCCAGGAGUAGUUCUGCUGUUUAUGUUCCUUGCAAGGGUUUGCCUUGGUCACAUUGAGGAACUAACAACAUGGCAAAGUUGCACACCACGACACCCACAACAACAUUUCUGCCACUCAGACUUUGUUAUCCUGGGUAAGGUUUUGAGCAAAGAAAAUAUAAAUGUACCAGAGAAAGAUCCCACAGUAGAAAAGGAAGUAGCAGCAACAGCAGCAGCGGCAUCUGUUGUCAUAGCAGCAACAGCUAUUGCAGCAUCAACUACUAUAGCAACAAGCACCAUGGAAAUGAAUGCAGCUCCAGCUAGAGAUCUCCUCACAACAAAUGGAACACCAAAACAAGAAGCAUCCUUGGUAGUAACUCCUGACGAAAAUAUAUCACCUAGGCAACAGAUGCCAGCAGUUGCAUCAUCGGAUGAAGACAUGACAGAAGAACACAAAACACUUGGCCACAUCAUCAAAUACAGAGUGAAAAUCAACAAGAUUUACAAAGGAUCACUGUCGAUGGCUGCUGGUAAUACUGUUAUCAUUCAUUCUGUGUCAGAGAAACCAUCCCGUCAAGGGAAAUGUCUCCAACUAAAUGAGGAAUAUAUACUCAGUGGGACUAUUUCUGGAGGUGACUUUUUUCAUCAUCAAUGUGACUGGAGAAUCUCUUGUCAUCAGAUGACAGCCACUUUACAGCAGCAACUCAGACGUGUGUAUUCAAGACACUGUAACACAUGCAAUAUCAAGACGGCCCAACAAGCACGCGAGUCACUGACCCUCCAGCCAUCCCCAGCAGAUUGCACACAAUGUGUCUACAACCCCAGCUUCUACACUGACAGAGGAUUGCAGGAUUGUGAAGGGUUAUACUCUGCAUGUCAGAAAACUUCGCAAGGCACAUGCUCCUGGUCUACACAUCAAAAGAUGAGAGAGUGUGAUAGCAUGAGAAAGAAAUCCUUCAACUAUCCAUCACCAAAUCUUAAUCUUCCAUGUACACAAACAGUCAUCUCAACUCCAAGUUCUAAGAGAACCGGCAAAGAUGAUAAAGCAUCUUCAAACAAACAAACAUCCCCUGACCUCAGUUCCUCUCAAAUCAUGCCAAAGAAGGAACAAAAGAGAAAACGAACAACUGACACACUUCCUGCGCUGCCUGCUGACAAGAAACUGAAUAUCUCAGAUGAAGAUGAUAUGAAACAAGAACCUACUCCAAUCUCUACAGAUGCAUUGCCAGGUGUCAACCAAGAUCCUCCUGCUGUAGAUCUAUCCUCCACUUCUGAUCAAGAUAUCACCAAACAAGGAACUGCUCCAAUCUUCACUGACCAGGUAAAACAAAAAGAUUUGCCACAUGAACACCAAGAUCCCUCCAUGUCUGACCAAGGUUCAAGAGAUACCAACCCUUUCUUCAGUUCUCAUCAUGUUCACAUGCCGCAUCAUGCCAUGGGCUUACCUCCACCACCAGUAGCAGGCCAGGAAGCAUCAGAUAUCUUAGACAAGAUUACACAACAACAUCUCCAGAAGCAAAGAGAUGAGGAUACACAAAUGGCAACAUCAAUUUUGUCACCUCAUCAAGAUGAACAACAGCCCAACCCUGACACUGGAGACUUUAACACAUCAAAUGCUAUGCCAGUUGAUCUCAAGACAAAUUUAUCAUUACAGUUUGAAGAAAUUACAGAAUCUUCUAAGAAUUCUUCUGUACCAUUCAGUAACUACACAAAUAAACAAAUUACAAUCCAACCAACAAGUAAACCAAAUAAAUCAAAGGUGACAUUGUUUUCAACUACAAUGAAUCCUCAGCCAAGUGAAAGUUCAGACAGUAAAGAUUAUGAUUCAGACUUUUUUAAGCCUCAUUUUCCUUUAUCAGGGGAUGAUCCAAUGGCAGUACAUGAGGAUGAGUUUAGUAGAAACCCUUUUGAUUCCAAGAAUCCUUCCUCUAUCUCUGACAUGGCAGAUGCAUUCCCUUAUCCACCUGUUGACAGUCAGGAAGCCAAAGGAAUCUUGGAAAAGAUUACAAACCAUUACAGGGAGCAGAGGACAAAAUCAUAGUAUGACUUGCCAAAAAAAAAAAAUUGGGAAAGGAUAAUUUUAACCAACCACAACUUGCCUUUAAGUUAUAGUUCAGAGUUGAAAUGCAUAUGUCGAAAUCUUUUGGAUCAUCCUAAGGUAAUUUGAACCUGUUUUAAAUUAUAAGUCAUUUAAUCAAACAAUGUAAAAGAAAUUCUACAUGUACCGGUAGUCCUUAACUGCUUCAUGAAGUGACUAAGUAUGGCACACAAAUUUAAACUCUUCUUCUUAACCGUUGUUUUUAAACAAGUAUGCAAACAAUUACUUUAAUUUAGAAAGUUAAAACAGCAGAUUAUUUUUAUACAUAACAGUGAAAUUCCAAGAAUUAUCAAUUGGGGUCUGUUGGCUUAAUUUCAUUAACAUUGAAUACUCACAGUUUUAAUGAAAUUAUGUAAAUUAGAGAAAAACAAUUCAGAAGCUUACUUAGGUGGGACUCGAACCCACAACCUCCUGCAUGUCUUACCACUUUGCUACAGAGCUCACUGGGGCAGCUGGAUUGUUCAAAUCCAAUCACUUUCUGUUUGAUGAAAUUCUUUUUUGAAGGGCAAAAUCCAAUAUUUAAUUUACAUUAAUUUACCAAUCGCGCCCCCCCCCCUCGCCAAAAAAAGACCUAACAAUCAUCUUUUGUAUUUGUCACAACAUGCUGUUGACUUAUUUAUAUCAAGAGAAACUGUAAAUACUUGUUAGAGCAUUGGAAUUAUUUUUAUGUUCCUCUCUAAUUCCUAUCUGCAGUCAAUGAACAUAUAUUUCCAUAUCUAUAUAGUAUGCACAUUGUACUUCUUUCUGACCCAGUUCUCUAGCCCUGAUGAGAAGACCAUUAACCUUCACCUAUAUUUGUUCAUCCAGAUUGUCAAUGCCAAGGCCUUGUAUGCAUACAUGUACAUCUCAUGGGUGGCCUAAUCAAUUAACUUUUUUGUUUAUUAGUAUGCAUCUAGAUAAAUGAACCUGUCGCAGAUGAGUUAUCACACACAAGUGGGUGCACUAAUUGGCUGUUUCGUCACAUUGCCAAAACAGCCAAUCAGGCAUCAGGACCAGCUGUAUAAGAGGAACAAAAAUCAAAACAAGUCUAGAAACCAAGACUAUGAGACGACAUCUACAUGUAAGUCAUGCCUUUCUGAAAGAACCAGCAGAAAUCUUUCAACAGUUGUGCUAUAACUUUGGAAAUAGGUACAAAUAUAAUAUUUGAUAUUCGUCAAAAAUGUCACCCAUAAAUCGUGUAUUUAUUCACAGAUAAUUAUGCUGUAAACUUGUAAGACUCUUUCAUCACCAAUCGGUUCACGAUAGAAAAAGUAGUUUCUCGACCCCUAUAUCUUUAAAA